AUGAACGUCUUGGUAUAUUCUGGACCUGGAACUACUACGGAAAGUGUAAAACACUGUUUAGAAUCUUUGAGAUUGCAUUUAGCAAAUUACUAUGCGGUGUUGCCAGUCAAUGAGACAGUUUUAUUAACUGAGCCUUGGAUGAGAAAAACAUCAAUGUUGGUAAUUCCUGGUGGAGCUGAUUUACCAUAUUGUCAUGUUUUGAAUGGUGCAGGGAAUAGGAAGAUUAACAAGUACGUUAAAAAUGGUGGUAAGUAUAUGGGAUUCUGUGCUGGUGGUUAUUAUGCUUCUUCAAAAUGUGAGUUUGAUAUUGGAGGACCAUUAGAAGUAACAGGAUCAAGAGAAUUGGGAUUUUACCCUGGAACUUCGAGAGGAUGUGCAUUCAAAGGUUUCAACUAUGAACUGCACGCUGGAGCUAGAGCUGCCAAAUUAGUUACAAAUACUCAUUUCUUACCAAAAGUUGCUGAACAUGUAUAUAAUUAUUACAACGGAGGCGGAAUAUUUAUGGAUGCUUCAAAAUAUCAAGAUGUUGAAGUACUAGCAAGAUAUGAGGAAAAAACUGAUAUUGAAGAUGAUGAGAAGGCAGCAAUAAUUUAUAGAAAAGUGGGGAAAGGUGAUGUUAUUCUUACAGGUACUCACCCUGAAUUUUCACCACAUUUAUUUAAGAAUGUGGAGCCAGAAUUUGAAAAAGUGGUGGAGAAAUUGAAUGAAAAUGAUCACGAUAGAAAAGUUUUCAUGAGAGAGUUGUUAAAAAAAAUUGGGCUUAAGGUGAGUGAGGAUGUUGAUUCAAACGUCCCAAAAGUAACACCAAUGUUCAUAGCUUCGCCAUUUGAGAAUAACUCCAAAGACUUGUAUAAACUUCUAAAAGAUAAAUUGAAUAUUGAUGGACCAUAUAAGGAUAGCAACGACACUUUUGUCUUUCAAGAUGAGACUUCAAAUGACCAAUAUAAUGAAAAUGAAGAAGAUGAAAUAGAUGACCCAAAUAAUGUUACCAAGUAUAUAAAUUUCAUUACCUCAUCUAAUGUCCCAUCAAAUAAAAUGACUCCAUAUUUCAAUAUGCAAAAAUAUUUUGAAAGUUUGAAAAAAUUGUCAUCAAAUGCUCCUCUUGAGUUUGGAAAUUAUCUAGGCUACUCAGAGGUAAUAACAUCUACCAAUACAAUUCUUGACAAAAACCCAAGUUGGCUAGAGCACCUUCCUAAUGGUUUUACUUUGACUGCGUCUACUCAAAUAGCUGGUAGAGGAAGAGGGGGCAAUGUUUGGAUAAAUCCCAGAGGAGUCUUAGCAACAUCAGUAUUAUUUAAAGUACCACAAUCCCCAGAAGCAUCUUCGUCAAUUGUUACACUUCAAUAUCUUUGUGGUUUAGCAUUAAUCGAAGCAAUUUUAGGAUACGGUAGUGAUAUUUCCGGCAAAGGAGUUGGUUAUGAAGAAAUGCCAGUGAGAUUGAAAUGGCCAAAUGACAUAUUUAUUUUAAAACCAGAGUACUUUGAUAGCCUAAACCAUGAAGUGAGUUCUACUGUUGAUGGUGAUGAUGAAAAAUAUGUCAAAAUAUCAGGCGCUUUGAUAAACUCACAAUAUAUUAAUGGAACUUUCAAUUUGGUAUGGGGAGGUGGUGUGAAUGUAUCUAAUCCUGCUCCAACAACUUCCUUAAAUUUAGUAUUGGGAAAACUAAACGAUAUUAGAAAAUCAAAUGGCUUAUCGACUUUGCCUCCAUACGAACCUGAAUUAUUAUUAGCUAAAUUGAUUUUCACAAUAGAUCAGUUUUAUAAAGUAUUCAAAAAGUCUGGAUUGAAACCAUUUCUACCAUUAUAUUAUAAAAGAUGGUUUCAUUCGAAUCAGAAAGUUGAUGUUGAAAAUGAUGGAGUGACAAGAACUUGUAUUAUAAAAGGUAUUACACCAGAUUAUGGAUUGUUAAUUGCUGAAGAUAUAAAAAAUAAAGAAGUGUUACACUUACAACCAGAUGGAAACUCUUUUGAUAUCUUUAAAGGAUUAGUGUAUAAGAAGAAUACAUAA